CUACACCACACCCACCAUGACGCACUCUUUCCGCCCAUCCACCACGACCGAAAAUGGUGGAGAUACGGCGCCGGAACCCCGCGCGCUCCAAACCAGCUGAAGCCGACAACAGCAAAAAGAGAAAGCACACGCCCGUCAAGGAAAAGACCGUUGAGCCCGCCGCGCCCGCACCCGCGCCCGCGCCGCUGCCGACAAAGCUCCUCCCCGGCCAGCCCAUCCCCACGCUCCAGCAACCGCAGCCGCCCCAUCUCCCGCUCUCCGAGUGGCAAAGCGUCCUGGAAAGUGGCGUUCUCAAGUCCGCCAUUGAGAAAUCGCGCCAGAGAUGGAUGACGCCCGGCCUGUUCGAGCUGUACUACAGCAAGGCCGGCAAGAAGAAAGUCGAGAAGAUGACGGGCAAUUCGACUGCCGACCAGGAACAGCUCAAAGCCAAGCAGAUGAAGAGAGAGGGUAACUGCAAGCUCAUGAUUGAGCCGCAUAUCUGGGAUGUUACCAUAUGGACCAUGAGAGAGAACGUCGCUCCGCUGCCGCCCCGACCAAAACAGCCCGUUCAUCAGCCUCCGCCAUACUAUUACGGCGGCUAUGCUGCCGCGCCUCCGUACCCGCCCUACCAGCCAUAUGCAUCUCCGGUCCAGCCUGCGCAUGCUCAGUCGCGGCCUCCGCCGUCGCAGCAGCCGCCAGUCCGCCAGUCGUCGCAAACCGCAUCGUUUAACAGUCCGCGGCCAGCGGGGCCCAAUCAACCCAAUCAACCCAAUCCGCCCGAUGCGAACGGCGUCGUGUCUCCACCAGCGCCCGACCCGGUCAUCCAUAUGCUGGCAGAGCGGGCAAACACCAACUUCAAACUGAGGGAUAUCAUGAAGAUCGUGGCAAAAGGUGAUGCGACGAAGGAGCAGCUGGAAUACUUUCAGGGACACAUCAACGAGCUGACUGAACGGCUCGAGGCGCAAAAGAAAGCCCAGCAGUCGCACAUGGCACCGGCACCGUCGCCAUUCCAACCUGCCGCGCCCCCUCCAGCGGCACGGCCACCUGCUACCUCUCCGGCGCCUCCCGUGCCUAGGCCGCCGUCAAGCCUAUCUGCCAGCCUUCCCACAUCUGGCCCGCCUAAUGCCCUUCAGCAUCCCCAGCAGCCGCCUAUAUCGUAUUACACUCCUCCGCUUACUCCCUCGCCGUAUACACAGCAUCAGCCGCCACCGCCUCCCCCACCACCCCAGCCAUCCUAUCGUGCCCUCUGCAUUGAUUUCAACACCAACGGUGACAGGCUCCUUUUCCCGCGCAACACCAUCCUCGAAUUCCUGCCGGGGAACGCUGUCCUUGCUUCAUUCCUGAUAGUGCAGAAGGUGGACCAUGUCACGCAAAAUAACUUGCCCAAGACCACGAACUACUACAAGGCGAUGAAAGAAUACUAUCAACCAGUAACGGCGCGGUUCAUGGCAGACAAUCCCAACCUGCUUCUGUGUCUUCGGAGAUGGGUCAAGCCUCAAGAUGAAGUGAGGAAGUACAUGGAGGAAAUCAUGGAACGGUGCGAGAGGGCCGAGUCGGUUGAGAUAGCGGCUAGACUGCCUAGAGAGGGCACGAAAGCAGCUGAGGUGGUUGAUACCCACGUUGAUGUAGUGGAGAAGGCGCAGACUCCCGUAGGUAGCACCGACAAGAAAAGAGUAAAGAGGGCAGCAAAGUGACCCCUGCCUGAGCUACAGCGGCCGUCUUGGAAUAAAACUAGUAAUGUACGAAUGAAUAACGUCCUUCACCUAUAAACGAAUCUCACAGUUCAGCGAACCCCAUCAAUCAAAACGCGAAAAGACCCACACAGCAUGCUCUAAUUAGUGUGGUUUACUGAACGGUGAGAUUCGUUUAUGGGUGGAUGUUAUAACUCUAAUUGAUGGCAGGCG